AGAAAAAUAAGAGUAAUUUUCCUCCAUCAGUCACUUUCUUCUCCUCUGUUCCUAACUGGUGUCACUUGCAUCUUCGCGGACUCCCUUCUCUCGUCUUCUCCUGGUGUUUGAUGAACACCUCCAACGAGUUCGUGAUAUAUAUAUAUUCAGAUUUUGUAAGAGUGAAAACCCUAUGAGUUAAUGCUUCAUGAAGUUACUGUCUUGGUGCUAAGAGAGUAGCUUGUAAAGAGCCCUGUCAGAUUAUGGUCAUAACCACAAUACAAAUGAUUCUGAUCUGCAACGAUAACAGAAGUCCACCAUUUUCCACCUUAUGAUAUACCUCCUCAAGGCCUAACAUCCAAAAAGGGUAAAACAAAUGGCCAAGAGUACACUGUCUUCCAUGACUGUACUCUUUCUCAUUCUCUUCAGUACCACCUUGCCACCAACCAUUCACUCCAUUUCCUACUUUCAGUACAAAAGCCUCUUCUCCCUUAGUCAAUCCCUUCUCAUGCGUGUGGCAAAUUUACGUGCUGCACGUGGUGAUCUUGCAGGCUCGGCCUGGGCCAAGGGUGUGGCUGAGAAGCUUGAGCGUGUGCUUGGGUUGGGUUUUUGGGGGCUGGCAUGGUCAGCUGGGUGGGACUAUCUAAGGAACUAUGCCUGGAGAGAUUUGGAACACAGGGAAAUACAUGGUGCCAUUGCAGAUGUAAACGAAUUGAUGGGCUUUCUUAGCGAGCUGACUCAGGCAAACUCAGAUGCCAACAGAGCUGCUUGGUUUGCACAGAAUUAUGGAAAUGUCCUUAGGAUUUCACGUCGCAUGCUUCAUAGGCUGCUCAAAGUGUUUGCUAAAUCGGGAACACUUAGGGAAAUGGUGGAAACAAUGCAAAAAGAGGUCAUUGAGGGAGGACUAUUGAAGGACUGCCUUGAAUUAGGGAGUAAUGACUUGAAAGCCAUGCUUCAGAUUUUCAAGGACUUGGCUUUGCAGUUCUACUCAACUCCCAAUGAAAAUCAAGAACUAUAGAAAGAUG